UACUCGUCCGUCGCUUUAUGACUUCUCCUUCAACUCCGACCCUUUGUUUCCUCUUUCCUUCCCUCGUCUCUAUUGCGUCCUCAUCCCACUUCACUCCACUUCACUCCACUCCACUUCACUCCGCUUCACUCCACUUCAUUCAUUCCUCAACGACGAUGCCAUCCCCUUCACCCAGCAACUGAACUCCCUCCGCUAUCUUCUCCACUCAGCCUGCUUUACCCUACUCUUCAUCCUGUGCUUUUUUCACACUCUUGACGCAGUGAGAGGACUCUGUUUCAAAUUAAUCAAUCUUUUCAGGACCUACCGCUGCCAUUAUCAUCGCCAUGACCAAGUCAACUUCGGCCGCCCCGUACUGCUUCGUCAGUGGUGAGUCCAACAGUUCAAAGGCCUCUAAAGCUUCUCUAUAUAUCCUGAACAUUCGCCAACAACCGAUAAGGGCCAAGAUCUGUGGCGCCAAGGAACGCGACCGUCGCCCAAUUGACCCUCCUCCAAUUGUGCAGAUCAGGCUGGCAGACCCUUCUUCGGACAAAAACAAGGACUAUCUCCAAAGCCCGUAUCUCUUCAUGUGCUGCAAUCUUGUCCAUGCAAACGACCCCUCGGGCGAGAUUGUCGCACCAGCACAUCGUGCCCUCGCCGGCACGGUCGUCUCGUCCCUCAACCGCCUCAAGGACGUUGACAACUCCGACGGCGGCUUCUUUGUCUUUGGCGACAUAUCUGUUAGAAUCGAGGGCCACUUUCGUCUUCGUUUCUCCCUCUUCGAGCUGGUUAAGGGGGAAGUUUUCCACGUCAUGUCUGCCGUCUCCAACCCUAUGACCGUGCACUCGAGCAAGACCUUCCCGGGCAUGUCAGAGUCCACAUUUCUGUCAAGGAGUUUUUCAGACCAGGGCGUCCGCAUCCGCAUUCGAAAGGACCAUCACGUCAAGCCCAAGAGGCAUAUGUCCAUAGACGCCACGGAAGAAUCUCAGGCUGCCAUGCACAGCCCACCUUCGUCCUGCCAUGAGGCGGACCACAGCGAUAGUGAACACAUCCAAAUAUCACACCCGGGUAAACGACCAAAGUCUUUCUCCAUCGUCAGCAGCAACAGCAGCAGGCAGGCUUCUAUGGACACCCACCCCAAGCAUCCUGAUGGUUACCCUUCCGCUGCAGAACUUUCGGAACGGACGCCUCCCUCGUCUCCAGGUCCCUUUAUGGGACAGGAUCCAGUUCCCUCCAAGUCUCGUCACCACCAGCAUUACACGGAUCUUUCCCCAGGACAACAUGAAGAGCAUCAUUGCCUGUAUCCCUCAUCUUAUUGCUACGCCCCGCACCACCGAACGGACAGGCCAUCAUCGUUUUCGAAAUGCCAUUGCCACGAGUCUAGUUCACGCCGUCAAAAUCACUCGACAUAUCCUUAUCCUGCCGGUGCGUCUCGCCCUUCUCAUCCUAAAGACAUCUCCCGUCAACCUGACCGCCACCCUGAACCACAUUCAAGCCACUUGGAGCAUCACGAUCAUUGUCAAUAUCCAGCUCGGUCCAGAUAUCAUUGCCGUCAUUAUCACCGCCCUUCCCACGAGGCUGGCCAUCCUUAUGUUGAGAGGUAUUCCUCAUCCUACCAUGGCCACUACCCUCCGUCGUAUUCAAUGGGCGCUGCCCAUCCAUUUCUCUCUUCUGUACAUAAUUCGCGCCCUUUAUAUCCAUGUCCUUCGGCUCUCGCCCAUCAUGCCCUUCCUCAUCCCUCUGCGCCCCAUCCAAGCGUACCAAGCAAAUUCAAGGAGCCAGCGCCACGCCAUGGCUUUCCCGCCGCUCUGCUGAACGACCAAGAUAUGGAAUGCGUGCCCAGUCCUGGCUACUACCACAGUCGAACACCAUCCAUGUCCUCACAGCAGAGUGAGGGCAAUUUUUCUCCACUUCACCCCGUUUCUCCGCCAGAGACCCAAGCGCCUAUCCAUGGGUUACCGCCCCAUCGAGAUAUGCCUCCUGCACAUAAUGUCCCAACUUCUCAUACUGGGCCAACUCCCUUGGUUUUUGCACAAAUCCCAUCGCGAACUCCCGUUGCAGGAGAAGGAGUGAGCACAAUCCAACUGCCAUCGAUUCAAAGCCUAUCGACACGUUCGCCGAUCAUCCCUGGCCAUCCAUUCAUGGAGGCAGCCCCUGCCAGGAGUUAUUAUGUUCGUCCUGAAUGCCUGACCUGAAACAGAGUUCAAUAAACAAUUUCAAAUACAAUA